CUAUCCUCUCGUGUGAUCGUGUGCAUUGGUUGUCGCAUCUAGCAAUCCACGUCAUUUCCCCAUUAAGGGGCCUGAAUUUGUGUCGCUCAACAAGAGUAAACCAUUACACCUAGACAUCACUGCGGAUCGUCGACAAUGGACUACUUCCAAUCUAUUCCCUGGUGCGCGGCGCUUCUCGAAAAACCCGGCAUUGUUCCAUACACACCCACGUGCCGCCUCGAACCAGACGCCAACGGCGCUCUCCCAACACAAGACCAAUUCUUCCGCAUCAAUCUCAGAAGCAGCGACUUAAUUCCCCAUGCAAUCGGCUUCUACCAAGACCCGUUCUCCCCUGCUACCAUUUCACCCUCUCCAACCUCAUCUGGUCUCCGUCUCCUGAUCCACUCCUCCACCUUAAUGCUAGACCUCCGUCCCGGAACGAAUGGCUAUAACGGGUCCGCACACGGCGGGCUCAUGUCCACGCUGAUCGACGAAGCGAUGGGCUCUCUUAUCUAUAUCAACCAUCAGCUAUACACUGAAGUCGAAGCAAAACACAAAGAGAAGAUGCCAUCGAAUGUUCUGAACAUGCACGGAGUUGCGAUGUUCACGGCGGGUAUGAAUGUACGGUUCCUAAAGCCGUUAGGGACGCCGCAGGUCGUGCUAGUGACGGCAAGCCUCAACAAAAUUGAAGGGAGGAAAGUGUACUUAGACGUCCAAGUGAAGGAUAGGGAGGGGGUUAGGUUUGCAAGCUGUGAAGGGAUGUGGAUGAGUGUAUUAAGGGAGAAGCUGUGAGAUGGUGGAAUGAUCUUUUAGGGGCACAGCGAUGGGUGCCGGGUUACGCAGUUGGUAACGUAACUUGUCUCGGACAUUGUAAUUAAGAUCCCAUCGCUCAGCAAGCUCUUCGAAGGAAGCGGGAGGGCGAUCGUGAAGCAU